AUGCUUAAACGGACUUGGAUUCCAUUAGCUCGGAGAUUCCACGUGGGUAGAAUAAUACAGAAUAAUUAUGCAUACAUCUCCGACUUCCCCACUCUUUCAUCAAAGAUAGACUCAACCAUCAAUACCACCGAAAAGGUACCAACAGAUGCAGUUGUUGAGGCCGUAAGAGCAUGUGGAAACCUUAUAGCCUCAGUUCACGAGUACGACAAGUUCUGGGAGAACCCUAUCAAUGUCUCUAUACAAAACAAGGUAUUGGAACUUCUUUCUAAGGACACAGUUGAAUUUGAUAAGGAACUAUUGGUGAGAUUAAUGUUACUAAAGCUUCCCACCAAAUUGAACAUUCUUAUAGUGUCUGAGUUCUACAAGAGAAACCCUACAGCUUUCAUUGACCGAUCCAUUGCAUUGAUUCCAUUCCGUCAAUCGCUUUACAACGGUGAUUUACAGAAUGCUCUCAAGUUGACUGAUAUGACUGUUGGUCACCCUAAUUAUGUGGAUCACAGAGCUAAAGAGUUUAGAUCUGGUGUUAUCAGAUUAGUAUGUAGUGCAGCGGGGAUUUCAUUAAUGUCUAAAUUUGGAGUGGAAUAUCUUAUUGAAUUUGAUAUAUUACCUGAAGCCUGGAGACAUUUAUCGGGUAUAAGUCUGAUGUUAGUCACUUACCUUGUGAACUCAUCCUUUUUUGUUAGUAUGGUUAAAUUUGGUAGACAAGUUGUUCUGUCUGGUGGAGACUAUUUGACAUGGCAAAGAGGAACCUUUUAUACUCAUUGGUACACUCAUGGAGACGAGAUGCUUUUCUGUUCUAAGAUUGUUGAUGCAGACAUUAAUAUAAAUGGUGGAGGGAUUUCGGGGAAUGAACCAACCCCAGGCUUAAUAGAAGAGUUGUGUCGUGUUGAUCCAUUUUUCCAAGGCCAUACAUUAAAGCCAGGCUAUACAAGAGACGGGAAGAAAAUUAGACUUUUGGAAGCAAGAGAUAACAUGGAGGAAAUUAAAAUGCAAGCUUAUUGGAUGACUGGCGGUGAUGGCUUUGAGUGGGUUGAACCAGAUCAAGAUCCUGCUACUUUGAUUUGGAAAAAUCAUUUGAAUAAGUUUGACAAGCCUUACUUAAAAGAUGAUCAUGAUACUGUCAAGAGUUUGAAAUGGGCUGAUGAUUUAGUGAAAGAUAAUUAA